CUCAUGCAUAGCGUGUAGAUAAAUUAUCCAGGUCUAGUUCUGAGAUCAGUAGUAAUGAAGGCAAUAUAUAUGCAUAUAUAUAAACAGCGGCGAUUUCUGUUGAACAAGUCUACAUAUUGACUGUAACCUGUCAUAUAAACUCGUGGUUCACUAUGAUUGAACGAUUGAAAUCGACGUGGAACACAACCGGUAACACACAACACCAGUUCUUGAAUAAAUGGACCUGACUACACGCCAUUUUACAAAAGACAAGAAGCACUCCACAACAAUUAUAAGUACAGAAUAAAAAAUUGAUAAUAUCAAGUUAGCAACAUGGCGAAAUCUAGUGCGACUAUCAUGUUUAUAACGUGUGCCUUCUUGGCUUCUUGUACAUUCGCAAAAGAUGAAGUCGAAAACAAGGACGAAGACUCAAAGAAAUCGAUGGAAACUCUGGGAGCUUUCUUUAAAAUGAUGUCGGGCUCGGAUAAAGAAUGCAAGAUGGACUGUCCUAAAGAUUCUGUGCCUUUGCCCCGACCUGGACAUGUUCCAAGCAGUAAUGGCUGUGGAUCUUUGGGAAUAAAGCUGGACACGAGCAUGUUCCCAGGCUUUGAGAAAUGUUGUGAUUCGCAUGAUAAAUGUUAUGAUACUUGCAACGAAGAUCGCGACCAAUGCGAUGCAGUGUUUAAAGAUUGUUUGUACGCCGUUUGCGAUGAGGUUAAGAAAGUAAGAUCAUCGGAUCAAGCACAGCUCUGUGAGAAUGCUGGGGGAGUGAUGCACGCGGCAGCGAUGGGUUUAGGAUGCACGGCUUUCACACAAGCUCAGAGCAACGCGUGUGUUUGUAGCGGACAGGCGAUUGAAGAAGACAGCGACACUAACAAGGAUAGUAAAAGCGAAUACCAAAAGGUUGAACUUUAAUUAGUCGAUAGUAAAAUAAUUGAGUGAAAAGAAUAUAUGUAGAAUUAAAUAUUAAAUGAAAUUAUUUAAAAUGUACUAAUACGCAUCUAUUUAUACUGUUUGUGCUUGCGUGUCUUGGCACUGCGUUCAUCUUCGUUAAAUUGUCGAAUUCAUUUUUAAAAUGUUAAAGUUAUUAAUGCAAAAAUCAAAACAAACCGUCCAUGAAUGCAUGACUUAACAAUUGAUUAUGCGCAUAUAUUAAACCGUCUACUCUCAGCUACUUGUUGAGUCGAGAAAUAGCCUGCGAAAAGCAGGCGUUUGUUCAGGCUGAGCCGGUCAUCAAGUGGUUGAAUUGCUUUCUUAAUUUAUCUGAAGAUAUAAGUUCCAGUUCUAUUCAUUCUACGGCCCACCCCCUCCCCAAUUGGUGGGUCUGCUCACAAGAGUAAAAAUCGAUUACAAUUAAUUAGUAGGCACCAGAGAAGCAUCAGACUAUGCAUACAUUUAGUUAAGUAUAUUAUGCGAAACAAUACAGUCUAUAAUAUGGUUGUUUAAUGUAUAUACUUUAAUGUUUUGCCUUGAAAGUCCUAUGGAGACUUUGGUAUUUUACUCUGUCUAACGCCAGACGAUUUUAGUCAUUAGCGACAUUCAUCCUCGACUUUUUCAUCCAAUUCCUUCUCGUUGCUAUUCACCUGUAUUAAUUGUUUCAAGUGUUUUUCCCGACGUGUACAAAGCAUCUUUAUUUUACGCCUCGAACACGAGAUUUCACUAUAAGAGGGCAUGAACGCUAGUUCUUGCUAGUUCUUGCUAGUUCUUGAGCUUCCUGAACAUAUUCCAAAGACUUUUCCACAAGUUCAAUUCCGGCAUCUGUCGGCAUUAAUUGAUAUUUUCUAAGGCAAAGGUCAGAUUUGACCAUUAAUAGGCGACAGUACUUGUAAGCAAAUCGUGGCGUUCCCUUUAGCUUCAGCAAAGAUUGUUCUGAUUCACUUAUCGUGGCUGCAACGAUGUCGAUGUCGGAACUGGAAAUCGGCACAUGGUCUAUUGGUCGCAAAUACAAUAACGCCAACGUAAUGCUUAUUCUCCGUCUGAGCUCUUCUCUAGCGAUUUCAAAGUCAUUCUCGAUGUAUGUUAGAUGUUGAAGCGCCUUGUAGCAAAGAUCUUUAGCGCGCUCAAUGUGCUUAUGUACUUCGAGAUCCUUCGCGUUCUGGUCCUUGCUCUCGCCGAUGAAGGAUUCGUCG